AUGUUUUUUAUCUAUUCCGUCGCAUUGCCUGAUACACGUGCCUGCGACUUAUGUCAAGGGCAUUACAAUAUGCAACAAGAUUUUGAAUCUCGAUUUUCAAACGUCAUGGACGAUAAUAGUUAUGAAAGAAAGACUUUUCAUUCGCUUGCUAAUGAGUUUGCUGAAUGGAAGCUAACAGCUGUUGUGCUUCGUAAAUUUCUUAAGGCGUAG